GAUGGAACGAAGGAAGAGAAAAGUUAAAGUUAAACGAAACUAUUUCCAGAAGAGUCCGGUGGUUCGGAAGGAUGAAACUGACAUCCAGGCUCCUUUUGAGUUCAAAAUUCCGAAUUCACGGCUCAAAUCUUCACUGGAAAACCCUGAGGUUUUAAAUAUUCCUGGGAACCACAAAAGCGCAUUUGACUUUAACUGUUUCAGUGACAACAAGAUCGUCGAUGAGAAUCGGCGAUUGUGGAAACAAGUUGCUGAACUUAAGAAAAAGUUGAGGAAGCAAGAGUCUGAAAAUCUUCCUCUACCUCAAAAAGGCAAAUACAAGGUUGGGACCUUGAUCGAGAAAGAGAUCAAGCUUGAUGAUAAGCUGAAAGAGCUUGAGCAAGAGCAGCAUGAAGAGGUUUUUGACCAAAGAGAUAGGCUAAUAGAUAUCACUUCUGGAGUGAAUAAUUGACACGCCCCUAUUGCGGGAGAGUGGUUCGAAAGAACUGUCUCUGCAUCCCUGCAGACUACCUCUAGUAAGGACCUAGAAAUAGAGUUACUGAGACAGCAAAUCCAUGGUCUUCGUAGUGAGCUUCUUAAGGCAAAGGAUAAAGUCAAGGAAUUACAGAAUAAGCUAAAUAGCGAAGAUGAGAUUAAUAAAAUACUUAAUUGUAGUUUUGCGACCAGUGAGCAUAAUGCAAUGUCUUUUUAUGGCAUCCAAACCAGAGACGCGAAGAACUCAGUCAUCGCCAGGAAUGUUACAUAUAUGAAGGAGCACAAGUAUCCUUUAGAAAUCAUGGAUAAUCCUGAUAAAUUACAGGAAGAGUUGAAGCAUUGUCAGGAUGAGAACCAAUCAUUAAAGAAGGAGUUCGAACAGUUGCAGGAAAAGUACCAGAAGAUUAAUAAAAGGUCAAAGAAACUCUUCACCCUCAACCAGAAAUUGAUGGUUUCAAUCAAAGCCCAGAAUGAUUUUGACAAGGCGAAAAGAGAUAAAUAGGAAUAUUGUUUGUAAAAGUUGUGGAGAGACUGUGAAUGCCACUACCGAUAUGUCUUCUUCAAUGGAUAGGAUUAAAAUCAAAGCUGAAAAUGUUUCAUUUAUGUUCUGAUCAAAUGGAUUCAACCAUAACUCUCCUACUCUGGGUGUUAGUCCAAGGUUCAACAAUGACCAAGAGGAGUUUGUAUACUCUACUAUUCAACAGAAUAAGCCGAAAAUUCCUAACAAAUCGCCUGAAUUUAAAGCCAAAGUGGUCAAUAACGGAUGAAAAUAUGUCAAAAGGCCCAAAAGAAGGAAACACGGAGUUGAGAGAAGCAAGACACCAGAAGAGCAUACCAAGAAGGGCUAAUUUAAAUCU